AUGAAGAAUGUUGAUAUACUUCUCACAUGCUUUCUUUUGAUUACAAAAUCAUGUCAUAUAUUUUGUUUUUCUUAAAAUCAUGACCAAACUAGCAGUACAACUGCUAAUGAAGAAUGUUGAUAUACUUCUCAGAUACUUUGCUUCCGAAUACAAAAUCAUGUCAUAUAUUUUUUUUUUCAUAAAAUCUUGACCAAACGAGCGGUACGACUGCUAAUGAAGAAUGUUGAUAUACUUCUCACAUACUUUUUUUUGGAUGACAAAAUCAUGUCAUAUUUUUUUUUUUCAUAAAAUCUUGACCAAACUAGUAGUAUGUAUGCUAAUGAAGAAUGUUGAUAUACUUCUCACAUACUUUGCUUCCGAUGACAAAAAUAUGUCAUAUAUUUGUUUUUCAUAAAAUCUUGACCAAACCAGCGGUACGACUACUAAUAAAGAUCAUUCUCUUUAUUUUGUGGCAUAUGGGGGUAAUUAUGAAAUCCAAUUUAAAGUAUCUAUGAGUGGUAAAAUUUUACAUAACAAGGGUGAAAAACCAUGUCAUAUAUUUCUCACAAAAGCUUGACCAAACCAGCCGUAUGACUACUAAUAAAGACCAUUCUCUUUAUUUUACGUGGCAUGAAAUCCAAUUUGAAGUAUCUAUGAAAUCAUUUGUUGUUAGUGCCAUAGCCUGACAUGUACUAUGAGUGGUAAAAUUGUUACGUAAUAAGGGUGAAAAAUAAUUAGGAAAGAGGGAUCAGCUCUUUCUUGAUUAUUUGAACUCUCAUCCUAGCUAGUUCUUUUAUUGCAAUGUUUUUGUAGACGUACCAUUUCAUUUUUGUGAACGUUUCAAUUAUUUGUUAAAUUUUCACGGAUUAAAGUUUAUUUUUACUUGUUUCUUGAACAGGUAUUAUGGGUUGGCUUUGAUAAGAUACAAAUUAGUUCUACUUGCUUCAGGCAUGCUUUGCUACUUGGCUAUGCCAAUGGCUUUCAAGUUCUUGAUGUCGAGGAUGCAUCAAAUCUCCAUGAGCUGGCCUCAAAGCGUGAUGGUCCAGUCACCUUCUUACAGGUGCUACCAGUCCCAGCUAGGUCCGAUGGUACUGACGGAUUUACAACAUCCCAUCCUUUGUUGUUGCUUGUUGCAGGUUUAGAAACCAAUGGUUCGAAUAUGGCCCAAGGUAGCCACUUGAGUGCAUUGGUAAGGGAGACCAGUAAUGCUCCUCAGCAAGUGGAUUGCAUCUCCACCCCAACUGUAGUUCGAUUUUUCUCAUCAAGGUCUCACAGCUAUGUGCAUGUUCUAAGGAUUCGAUCGCCUGUUUACAUUGCUCGGUGCAGUCCUCGAGUGGUUGUUGUGGCUCUUGCAGCACAAGUAAGCAGUGAAUGAUCUACAUACCAUCAAAACAUAUAGAUUAUAACUGGCGUUCGCAUUAUGUUUUGGGAUUUAACCUAAAUAGUUGAUUUUUGUAUGGGGCACUGAUGUAUUGCUUUUUAUGACAGAUAUAUUGUUUUGAUGCUGUGACACUCGAAAUAAAUUCAGUGUUCUUACUUAUCCAAUGCAAGGACCAGUAGGGACAAAUGUUGCCCUUUGUCCAAUUGCUGUUGGUCCGAGAUGGUUAGCUUAUGCUUCCAACAAUCCUCUCUGGCCAAAUUCAGGACGCCUGAGCACUCAAAAUCUUACAACCUCUCCUGGCGUUAGCCCAUCAACGUCACCUAGCAGUGGAAGCUUAGUUGCUCGUUAUGUAAUGGAGUCCAGUAAACAGUUGAGCGGAUGGAAUUAUCAAUUUGGACGACAUGGGAUACAAAAAAUUCUCCAAAGAUUAUCAGGAUCUUUUACCCGAUGGAUCCAACUCCCCUACAUCAUCAAGUUUUGGCAGGAAAACUGGUAGACUUGGAUCUGCGACGCAGCUGAAUGAAGUAGAUAAUGCGGGAAUGGUAAAUCAUGUCACCUGUACCUUUCAGUCGAAAUCUUUUCCACCAGAUGCACAUCACUGGCCCUUUCCAACGAUUUUGAUAUCUUGUUACUCUUGACUCUUUCCGAUAUCUGCACUAUGUUUUGAUCCUAGUAGUACUCUUUUGGUGACUGCUUCUGCGCACGGGAACAAUAUAAAUGUCUUCCAGAUAAUGCCAAACUGUGUACCAAAUGGUACAAGCUCCUCUUACUAUGAUUGGGCUACAUCGCACGCCCAUCUAUACAAGCUAUAUCGUGGGAUAUCAACAGCUGUAAGAAUCAAUAUUUUGUAAUAUCGUAUGGUUUAGCUUUUUAUUCCCAAUCAUUAUUUAAAUAUCUGCAUAAUUUUCUGUUCCAGGUCAUUGAGGACAUCUGUUUUAGCCAUUAUAGUCAGUGGAUUGCAGCUGUUUCAUCCUAUGGAACAUGUGAUAUCUGUGUCUUGUCUCCUUUGGUGGUAGUGCUGUCCUCCAGACACAGACUUCUCACAGUGAUGGACCUUCACUUGUGCCUACUCUCUCAAGGCCGUGGUGAUCUACCUCAACAAGCACGAAGGACCACCAGGUCCUUCCUCCUCCACCUGUUGCACUUUCAGUAGUCAGCAGUAUAAAGGAUGGAAAUUCCGGGUCGCUUAAUACGGUGAGCAGUAUAGCAGCUUCUGCAGCUGGAAAGGCACCUGCACCAUCCGGUGCUGUUGCCGCUGUCUUCCACAGGUCUGUGGAUCAUGAUUCUCGGUCAGCUAAUUCGAAGGCUAAGGCUUUGGAGCACCUUUUAGUACUCUCCUUCAGGCCAUCUGGUUCAACAUGGACCAUUACCUUCCUCAGUUGCAGAGUCAUGUGACAGCAAUUCAAAAACAGGAUCUGGCCCCUUUUUUCAGGCUAAAGAUGAAGAACUGCGGGUGAAUGCUGUACCAGUUCAAGGGUGGGAUGUAUGUAGAAGCUUGAUUUGACCGCUGAAAGAAAAAAUACAUUUCUAGCGCUAGAUGUGAUUGUGAAGAGCAUGCGGAAGUGCUCGUGGAUAUCACUCAUUGCGAGGAUACUGGCCAAAAACUCGUCCUCCUCUCCUAGCAGUGCUGCUUGUUAGGAUUUUGUGAGAACUCAUGAAAAAUUUCACUGGUACUUGUCAAAUCCGAAAGUCCUUGUUAGCUCCGGGGGGGUACAAAUAUGGCAGAAAUUCGAGGUACUCUACGGAAAUUGAACUGUCUAUAAGAUGUUUUCAUAACUUUUGUGGAUGAAUAUGUUUCAUUUUCUUUGACAGAUCCAAUUCUAUUCUAUGGAUCGUCAAAGCAGCGAAAGAUUCACCUGUGAUUCACCUGUUGAGAAAUUGAAAUUGAAAAUAGUUCUGUUGUGAGGUUGAAACAAAGAGGAAGGAUCUACUUCCUGUUUUUGGCCAUCGAAGGUACGCUAAUCCUAUCGAUGGCGUGAUCCUCUCUGUAAUCACAAUCUUCUCUUGGAAUUUUUUGGGUAACUGA